AUGCGUAAAGGUCCAGGUCUAUCCGCUCUCUCCCGUCAAUCAGCCUACUCCAACUCCUACUCCACACUCUCAACGAGCAUUUCCACUCAGCAGAUCGCCUCUCUGACCGAAUCGUUAGAAUCAUUCAAAUCGACCCUUAUUGAAUUUUCCCUAAAACACAAGAAAGAUAUCAAAGAUGAUCCAGCAUUUAGGUUCCAAUUUCAGAAAAUGUGUUCUACACUCGGUAUAGAUCCUCUUGUCGGGUCGACGAGCGCCAAAGGAAGUGGAAGUGGGGGGUUAUGGGGAAUGUUGGGUAUAAGUGAAUUCGAGUAUGAGCUGGCGGUUCAACUUGUUGAUAUUUGUGUAUCGACCCGAGAGAAGAAUGGUGGAUUAAUAAGGGUUGAUGAGUUGAUACGCAAAAUAGAAAGAUUGAGACAUGGUGGUAAAACAAUGGAAGGCGAAGGUGGAAUAACGGAACAAGAUAUAAUUAGAGCUAUCAAAAUUCUAGAACCACUCAAAUCGGGAUACAAGUUACAUACUUUCUCAUCAGAUAGGUAUGUACGUUCGAUACCCAAUGAGCUAAACACGGAUCAAUCGAUAUUAUUAUCGUUAGCUGCUACAACAGGGGGAAGGUUAAACCUGAGAGAGAUCGAAGUGCAGACAGGUUGGAACGAUGAUAGGAUAGAUCUGGGUUUGAGGGACUGUGUGAUGGAGCAAGGUCUAGGAUGGGUGGAUGAACAAUGUAGUACCGAAGGAGGACGAGGAGAAGAGAUCAGGGGUGAUGUCUGGAUCAUUGCUGUUACGGGUUUUGACGAGUGA